AUGGCAGCAACAACACCUUCAGAUGUUGAUAUGCAAGACGCAAACGAAAAUAAUGUUGAGAAAGGCAUCAUUGACACACUCGAUGCUUCAAAGAUUAAAAUAGCACUUGAAGAAUGCAAAAUCCUUGUUAUAGGCGCAGGAGGAUUGGGAUGCGAAAUAUUAAAGAAUUUGGCCUUGACUGGAUUUAAGCAAAUACACGUUAUUGACAUGGAUACGAUCGACCUAAGCAACCUCAACCGUCAGUUUUUGUUUAGAAAAAAGGAUAUUGGCAAGUCAAAGGCUAUGGUUGCCGCAGAGUUUGUUAUGAGUCGAGUACCUGGUGUGCAAGUGACACCUUACUUUGGAAAGAUACAAGAUAAAGAUGAUGAGUACUAUAAGCAAUUUCAGCUGAUCAUCUGUGGCCUUGAUUCGGUGGAAGCAAGAAGAUGGAUUAAUGCCAAGGUCAUAGAAAUGGUGGAUGAAGAUGAUAUGGAGCACACAUGGAAGCCCUUGAUCGAUGGAGGAACUGAGGGAUUCAAGGGACAGGCUCGUAUCAUUUUGCCUACAAUCACCUCUUGUUAUGAGUGUUCAUUAGACAUGCUCAGUAAACCUACCACAUUCCCUAUUUGUACAAUUGCAAACACACCACGCUUACCUGAACACUGUAUCGAAUGGGCAUCCGUCUUGGAAUGGCCACGUGUGUGGGGAUCAAAAAAGUAUGAUACAGACAAUCCAGAGGACAUUAAUUGGUUAUACCAGCAAGCUCUAACAAGAGCAAAGCAGUUCAAUAUAACUGGCGUUACUUAUUCCCUCACUCAGGGUGUAGUCAAAAACAUCAUUCCCGCAAUCGCAUCCACCAAUGCAAUUAUUGCAGCAUCAUGCUGCAACGAAGCUUAUAAACUAGCCACGUGCGUAGCUCCUCAUCUUAACAACUAUAUGAUGUACACAGGUGAUGCUGGUGUGUAUACCUAUACGUUUGAACACCAAAAGAAGCCUGAAUGUCCAGUUUGCGGAAAUGAAUCAAAGACAGCUGAGCUUGAUAAAGACAUCACAGUUGAUCAGCUAAUUGAAUACCUCACCGAACGAUCUGACACACAAUUGAAAAAGCCUAGCUUGCGUACAGCAACCAAGUCCAUCUAUAUGCAGGCUCCAAAGGCACUAAACCAGGCCACUUUACCUAAUCUUGAUAAGCUGUUGAGCGAAUUUGUAAGUGAAGGAGAAUACAUAACUGUGACAGAUGCAGCUUUACCCGUCAGUCUUCAACUCAAAAUUGCUUGGAAAAAUGCAUAA